AUGCGCACAAGCUCCGGUACCAGCAGCCCAGGGGGCGAUGCGGGCAGCGGACUCGCCAUCCGGGUCGUCAUCAUGCGUGCCAGGAACUUGGCUGCCAAGGAUCGAGGCGGCACCUCCGACCCCUACCUUGUUCUCACCCUCGGAGAAUCCCGAGUCGUCACCCACACCGUGCCCAAGACGCUCAACCCCGAGUGGAACGUCAUCGAGGAGCUGCCGGUAUCCUCCAUCAACAGCCUGAUUCUGGACGUAACCUGCUGGGACAAGGAUCGCUUCGGAAAGGACUACAUGGGCGAGUUUGACCUCGCCCUCGAGGACGUCUUCCAGAACGGUCAGACCACCCAGGCUGCUACCUGGUACCCCCUCCGGAGCAAGCGCCCUGGGAAGAAGACGAGCGUAGUCUCGGGCGAGGUCCAGCUGCAGUUCACCCUCCUCGACACCACCGCCAAGGGCUCCCCCUCGGCCGCGACGGUGUUCGAGAAGUUCAACGCCCUCGUCCGAUCCGUCCCCGUCGCCCCCGCAGCAGCCUCGUCCCACGCCGCCCGCGCCUCGGCCUCCCGUACCGAGGGGACUGCCGCCCCGCCAUCUGCCACCGGCGCUCCCUCUCCGACGGCCGGGGACGGCGAUGAUGCGAGCAGCAACUAUGAUGACGACGAUGACGACGACGACGACGAUGACGACGACGACGAUGAUGAGGAUGACGAAGACGACGACGAUGACGAUGAAGACGAGCCUGGCGUCGACCAGGCCGAGAAGCGCCGGCGCCGCCUGCGCAUCAGGGGCCUCAAGAAGAGGCGCAGGCAGAAUCCCUACGCCUUCACCAACGGCGACUCGGAUCUGGUCGGCAUCAUCUUCCUCGAGGUUGCCCGCAUCACCGACCUGCCGCCCGAGUCCAACCUGACGCGUACCGGCUUCGACAUGGACCCCUUCGUGGUCGCCUCGCUCGGCAAGAAGACGUACCGCACCAAGCGCGUCCGUCACAACCUCAACCCCGUCUUCAAUGAGAAGAUGCUGUUCCAGGUCCAGAACCAUGAGAAGGCCUACUCCUUCGCCCUGACCGUCAUCGACCACGACAAGUACUCCAACAACGACUUCAUCGCCUCCUGCCACCUGCCCAUCAAGGACCUCAUCGCCAAGGCCCCACACGCCGACCCCGAGACCGGCCUGUACGAGCUGCGUCAGCCCGACGGUCCCGGCGCCGGUCCCGGCGCCGGCCCCGCCGGCUCGUCCUCGUCAGCGGGGAAGAGUCGCCUCAAGAGGCUCGGUCUGUCCCGCACCCCGUCCACCCAGAGUCUGAGCAAGGUGAUACGCCCGGUCCUGACCAAGACGGUGUCGGGAACCAGCACCGUAUCCCAGGUGUCGUCCCCGGAGAACGCCGCCACCUCGGAAUCGGGCGACACGACGGCCACGGCCACGACGGACGGCAGCGCGGCCGUGCCCACGGUCACGGUCGAGGAAGACGGGGACGGCUUCUACGAGUACGGGCUGCCGCUCAAGCUGGUCAACGUGGACAAGUGGGAGGCCAAGCACAACCCCGUCCUCUACCUCCGGGCCAAGUACAUGCCGUACCGCGCCCUGCGCCAGCAGUUCUGGCGCGCCCUCCUCCGCCAGUACGAUACGGACGAGAGCGGCCGCAUCAGCCGUAUCGAGAUGACGACGAUGCUCGACACGCUCGGCUCCACCCUGAGGGAGUCGACCAUCGACAGCUUCUUCACCCGCUUCCCCCACAAGGCCGCCGACAACGAGGACACGUGGGACCUCACCUUGGACGAGGCCGUGCUCUGCCUCGAGGACCAGCUCGAGGCCAAGAGCAAGCACGGCCUGGUCGACAAGCUCAAGGCCGCCUUGCCUGAUCUGGGGAGCCUCAACCUGGCGGGCGGCAGCGGCGAUGCCGGAGCGGCCGUCGGAGCGGCCGCGGUGGCGACGGGCGGAGGCGGCAGCGGCGUCGAGGGCAGCGGCGGGACCUCGACGGCCGGCAGCAAGACGCCCGUGACGGCAGCUGCCGCCCCCGCCUCGGGCGACGACGCCGCCGUCUCGGCCAUGACGGACCUGUCGGACAGGGACGAGGCGGGCGACGACCGCGGCGAGGAGCACGUGGUGGAGAUACGCGAGUGUCCCAUCUGCCACCAGCCGCGGCUCAACAAGCGGACGGACACGGACAUCAUCACGCACAUCGCGACGUGCGCGAGCCAGGACUGGCGGCAGGUUAACCACGUGGUCGUCAGCGGGUUCGUGACGGCGAGCCAGGCGCAGCGCAAGUGGUACUCCAAGGUCAUCACCAAGAUCUCGUACGGCGGGUACAAGCUGGGAGCCAACUCGGCCAACAUCCUGGUGCAGGACCGCACGACGGGCCAGAUCAACGAGGAGAAGAUGAGCGUGUACGUGCGGCUGGGGAUCCGGCUGCUGUACAAGGGGCUGAAGUCGCGGGACAUGGAGAAGAAGCGGAUCCGGCGGAUGCUCAAGAACCUGACGGUCAAGCAGGGCCGCAAGUUUGACGAACCGGCGUCCAGGGACGAGAUUGAGAAGUUCAUCAUGUUCCACCGCCUGGACAUGUCGGAGGUGCUCCUCCCGCUGGAGGAGUUCAAGAACUUCAACGAGUUCUUCUACCGCGCCCUGAAGCCGGGGGCGCGCCCGUGCUCGGCGCCGGAGAACCCGAAGGUGGUGGUGUCGCCGGCCGACUGCCGCAGCGUCGUCUUCAACCAGAUCACGCAGGCGACCAAGAUCUGGGUCAAAGGCCGCGACUUCAGCGUCAAGCGGCUCCUGGGCAGCGCGUACCCGGACGACGUGCCGCGGUACGACGGCGGCGGCGCGCUGGGCGUCUUCCGGCUGGCGCCUCAGGACUACCACCGGUUCCACGUGCCGGUGGACGGCGUCAUGGGCGAGCCCGUCGUCAUCGACGGAGACUACUACACGGUCAACCCCAUGGCCAUCCGGUCGGCCCUGGACGUGUACAGCGAGAACGUGCGGGUGCUGGUGCCCAUCGAUUCGGAGCAGCACGGGAGGGUCAUGGUGGUGUGCGUGGGCGCCAUGAUGGUGGGCAGCACGGUCAUCACCCGCAAGGCGGGCGAGAGGGUCAGCCGUGCGGAGGAGCUGGGGUACUUCAAGUUCGGAGGCAGCACGGUGCUGCUCCUGUUCGAGCCCGGCAAGGUCAAGUUUGACGACGAUCUCGUCGACAAUUCGAACGGAGCGUUGGAGACACUGAUCCGCGUCGGGAUGUCGAUCGGACACUCACCAGACGAACCGCAGUGGGUAUCGGACAUGCGCAGGAGCGAGGCAGACAUCACAGAAGAAGAGAAGAAGGCUGCCAAGAGAAGGAUCCAGGGCAGCGUGGCCGAGGACUCUCCGGAGGGGAGCGGGGACGACGACGGUCCCGGCCGUGCAAGGAGGGAGAGUGGGCCUACGAUGAAUACGCUCGCUGCUUCGGCGCUGUAG